UGGUUGCCGUGUUGGUUGCAAACGAGCGUAAGACAUUGGUCGUGCGGACAAGAGGACGAGUGCGGCAAAUGGCCCGUGUAAAAUACAUGACAGUGUAUGUGUCGGGAGUGGAGUUAAUGAGAUGGGAUGACUCCGUUGGAGAAAACGAAAUGGAAAGCGGGUGAAAAGUCUAACAUGUACACUGGUGUAUACGACACUGACCUUGGCACAGCAACCGAUCGUGACAACCGUUCAUACGCCGUGUCAGUUCAGCUUGUUCAAUUUAACAUACAUUUACACUUGUUAACUUUUCGACAAACACAAACAGAUGCGAUGAAUGAACCACCAGAAUCUUCGUACAGAUAUCAACGAAUAUGGCCGUCCAUUAAACCCAAAUCGCAUCUAACCCUCCAGACUCCUGCAGACCCUUCCACUUGGAUAUUCCUGAUACCAUCACUUCUCACAUCAUCCGAAUGCAGCCAACUUCUUGCCGCCUGUACAAAAGCCCACCCGCUGCAGCUCUCCUCCCACGCACAAACACGCUCUGUAGCAUUUCGAGAUAAUGACCGUAGCGCUUUCACUUCUCCAGAGCUUUCACACUUGAUCUGGAACACCGCCGGUCUGCGGUCUGUUAUUGAGCAGACACCUGCCUUGAACGAAGUAAGCAAAGGAUUGAGGGCAUGUGGAUUGAAUAAUAUGUGGAGAUUGUAUCGUUAUCGAGAGGGACAAAGAUUUGGACCGCAUUAUGAUGAGGAGGCCAAAGGAGAAGGAAGUCAGCGAGGAUACUUUACCUUAUUGAUAUACCUGAAUGGUGGGGAAGAAAGCUGCGAUACAUCUGGCAAAGCCCAGGCCACGACCAAAGACUCUCCAAAGACAAAAAGUCGGAAAGGUCUUAAAUCUAAUGCAAAAGUAGAAGACGACGCGCCAUUAGAAGGUGGGGAAACAGUGUUCUAUCGAGGCACACUGAAAAACAAAAAGCCCGUUUUGUCCGUUGCACCUGUUACCGGUAUGGCAUUGUUGCAUGCACAAGGUGGAAGGUGUCUAUUACAUGAAGGCGCCGUAGUCAGAAAAGGGUCGAAGUGGGUUCUGCGAUCAGAUCUGAUGUAUGAACCCAUGUAAUUUAACAGUUUUGAUGCUGUCCUGUAACUACUCAAAUUUCAUUGGAUGACCAAAGUAUGGCCAGUAAAUAUUGGAUGUUUGUAUUAGUUUAAUGAAACCA